CGCUCACCAUAACGCACUUUUUAGGGUUUUCGGAUUUCAUACACUUUUGUUCCCCCGCUAAAACCUACUUUCUUUGUUCUUUUUUACUCCGUAAUUUUCACUGGAAAGUUUCAGAUUUUGCGGGAAAAAAUGCCUCCGCCGGUUAAGCUUUCCGAAGGCGCGAUAUCGAUGUUGAUAAACGGCGAAGGGCAGGCCGCCGAUAUGAAGCCUGUGCUGCAGGUCGCCGAUAUUCGGCUUGUGAACACCCAGAACCAGAGCAGCACCAAUGAGCGGUACCGGAUUAUGCUGUCCGACGGGGAGUUCCUCCAACAAGGGAUGUUGGCCACGCAGCGCAACGAUCUUGUUCGGUCGCAGCAGAUCCAGAAAGGCUCCAUUAUUCAAUUGAAUCAGUUCGUCUGCAAUGUCAUCCAAAAUCGCAUGAUAAUCAUUAUCAUUGAGUUGGAUGUGAUUCUUGACGUGUGUGAUCCUAUUGGGGAUCCGAAACAACAUCCUCUGAAGACGAAUGGUAAUACCCCAGUAACCCCUCCGGUGGCAAGGUCACCUGCACCAGCUCAGUCUUAUGUGAGUGACUCAGGGUCUGUAACUGGCAAUCCUCAGUCCUUUACUUCAGGGAGAGGUGCUACUGGCUUUGAUAGUAAACCAAAUGUCCCUGGAGGAAUUCCUUCUCAACCUUUUGAGACAAAUCGCCAGGUUGGUCAUGGUAGUGCUGUCAGCAAUGUUAACUUACCUCGGUAUAAUUCUCCAAGUGCCCCCGUUUAUCCCAAAGUGGAAUCUGGUGCUGGGGCUUCCGGACUUUCGACAAACAGUUAUUUGCGCCCACCUCAGCCAUCAUAUCAGCAUCCAUCUCCAGUGUUUUCAAACAGAGGGCCCAUAGCUAGGAAUGAAGCACCUCCACGUAUUAUUCCUAUUGCUGCUCUGAAUCCUUAUCAGAACCGUUGGACUAUAAAGGCCAGGGUAACUGCAAAAGGAGAACUUAGACACUACAAUAAUGCCCGAGGUGAUGGUAAAGUAUUCUCUUUUGAUCUUCUUGAUUCAGAUGGUGGGGAAAUAAGGGUAACGUGCUUUAAUGCAGUGGCUGACCAAUUUUACAACCAGAUUGAACCAAAUAAAGUAUAUUUGAUUUCAAAAGGUAAUGUGAGAGUUCUUCAGGACAGAGCAAAAGCUUUCAAUAACCUGCGAAAUGAUCAUGAAAUUCACCUUGAACUCACCUCAACAGUACAGCCUUGCUUGGAAGAUGAUAAAUCAAUUCCUCAACAGCAAUUUCAGUUCAGGUCCGUAAGUGAAAUAGAAGAAAUGGACAACAAUACCAUUAUAGAUGUGAUUGGUAUAGUCUCAUCUAUUAGUCCCAGUAGUUCAAUCAUGAGGAAAAAUGGAACUGAAACUCUGAAAAGAUCCCUCCAAUUGAAAGACAUGUCUGGUAGAAGUGUUGAAUUGACUUUGUGGGGAAAUUUUUGCAAUGCAGAAGGGCAAACACUUCAAAACAUGUGUGAUUCUGGUGUCUUCCCUGUAUUGGCAGUGAAAGCCUGCAGAAUCAAUGACUUCAAUGGGAAAGCAAUAGGGACUAUAUCUCCAAGCCAAAUGUUCAUUGAACCUGAUUUUCCUGAGGCACACAAACUUAGGGAAUGGUUUGACAAGGAUGGGAAGAAUGCCCCUGUUAUAUCCAUCUCUAGAGAAACAUCUAUGGGCCGGACAGAUGUGAGAAAGACCAUCUCUCAGAUCAAAGAUGAAAAAUUAGGGACUUCUGAGAAGCCAGAUUGGAUCACUAUUAGUGCCACUCUAAGUUACAUUAAACCAGAAAACUUUUGCUACAAUGCAUGCCCCAUCAUGAUUGGGGAACGGCAGUGCAAUAAAAAGGUCACAAAUGAUGCAACUGGGAAGUGGCUAUGUGAAAGAUGUGAUAAGACUUUCGAUGAAUGUGAUUAUCGAUACAUUCUUCAAUUCCAGAUUCAGGAUCAUACUGGCUUGACUUGGGUAACUGCAUUCCAGGAAUGUGGUGAGGAGAUCAUGGGAAUGUCUGCGAAAGAUUUGCAUUACAUGAAAAAUGAAGAACAAGAUGAUGAGAGAUUUCAAGAAGUUAUGCGAAAUGUUCUUUUUAAGAAGUAUAUUUUCAAAUUGAAGGUCAAAGAGGAAAUGUUUAGUGAUGAGGUGCGUGUAAAGUCUACUGCAGUAAAAGUGGAGAAGGUUAAUCCCCAAUCAGAGACUAAAUAUAUUCUGGACAUGAUUGAUAAGCUCAAAGCAGAGGAAUUGAAUUCUGUGGCUCCAAAUGCUAACAAUGUAGCUCCAAGCUCAGGACUGAACAAUACUGCAUUUGGAAGUGGAAUUAGAGAAAGCGGGAGUAAUGUUAUGAAUUAUGGCAGCAGUGCUGGAACUAUUGGAAGCAGAGUGCAGACAAGUCAAGCCGGUCCAUAUGGGAAUCAAUAUGGUGGUUCUGGGCAAGCACCGCCUAGUUCCCAUAUGUACACAAGCUGUACCAGUUGUGGUGGCACGGGCCAUAGCUCUGUGAACUGUCCUAAUGUCACGAGGAAUCAAGGUCAGGCAUAUGGGGGCGGUGGCUUCAAUAGUAGAGUAGGUUCUGGGCCAAGUGCCAGUGGUGGUGGUGCUUCUGAUAAGUGCUAUAAAUGUGGGGAGACUGGGCACUGGUCAAGAGAUUGCCCCGGUGCUAGCAAUGUUCCCCCCGCUUAUGGAAGCAAUAGUGCUUCUGGUAAGUGCUAUAAAUGUGGGGAGGCCGGGCACUGGUCAAGAGAUUGCCCCGGUGCUAGCAAUGCUCCUCCCGCUUAUGGAAGCAAUACGAUGAACCCGGGAAGAUUCAGGAAUGUUCCAAGUCAACAUGUUGGUGGGUUCUGAGUUUAUAUGCCAUGGCAACUCUCUAGCUGCAUCCUAGGAUUGCAUUGCCCGCAGAACCUCUACUCUUAUUCCUGUACAUUAUGGUGUUUCCUUUGGAUUCAGCUUCUCUUCUGUUGGUGCUCUCUAUCAAUGUCUUUGGGGUUCAAAUGUUGCAUUAAUUAUUGUUGCUUUGUGUUUCCUAGGUGGGCUAUUAGGCCUUUAUCUGCUUAGAAACAGAGUUUUUGAUGCUCUCCCUGCCUUGUAAAUAUAUUUAUCUACUAUUUCCUCAACUGAAUCUAAAUUAGUAGACCCAAAUCAUUCUCGUUUA